UAGAGCGGAGGACACAACAGGAGCCCCGACCUGUCUAACAGGAAUUCAGUGUCGAGGUUCUCCCAGGUAACUAAGUUCAAUCAGGUAAGAGUGAUUUAUAUGCGAAUGCACCCUACACACUGUGAAAAGUUGGUAUGGAAGUGGAAUGUAGACCUACAGGAUAAUGUACUCGAUAUCCUCAAACUGAGGUAAAUAUUAAGAGCAGAUUUUGUACAAAUGCUUCAGUGCUGGGGAUUUCAUGUAUUUUGUAAUGAGACUGGAGAAAAAAAAAUAAUUUUGUAAAUGUUUUAUAACAGUUCUUAUCAGAAAUACCCAAUGUGUCACCUACAUGCUAAGAUUUAACUUUGUGUUAGAGAAUGCUGUGAAUCCAUUUAUUUCAAUGGUUAAAGUAUCACCAGACUGAUCUCACAGUGAAAUCGGAAACAUUAUGUUGACUUUUCUUUAGUUUAAAUCGGUCUGUGCUUACUGAUAUUCAAAACACUGCCCCCAGUGGUCAAAGCGUUAGAGAGCUCAAUUUGUCAAAUCAAAUGUCAACAGAGGAGCGCCAAAAGCAAGUUGUUUUCACCUGUACAGGCUGUAUUGUAAACGUAUACUGUAAAAAGGAAUGCAUAUUUUUUAAACUGUACCCCCCAACCAAUAAACUGAACCUAACCAUCAGUGGAGUAAAAAUGUAGUGUUAGAAGGAAAAACGCAACCACUGAAUCACGCUCAUCACUGAUUAUGUGAACGCAAUUACUUCCUGGGGCCGGUUGCAUAAACAUAGCCAUUAACUUAAGACGGCAUCUAAAAAUUAGUUUGACUAGCUAAAGACACCACAGAAAGCCUGUUGCUCACAGUUGUCUUUAGCAAGAGAGUCUAAUUGGCAUUGCAUUGUGGGAAAAUUAAGACAAUGCACAGCUUUAAAAAAAAUGGCUGACAGUGGACACCCAAUACAGUUUCAAUUCGCUGUAAAUAUUUGCUUAUUAGAGGACUACAGAGCUUCAAAAUUGAUUCUAAUGAAAACAUAUAGUGAUUGUAACCCAAAUAAUAAAAACACAUGACAUUUUGUUACCAUCGUUGAAGUCAAAGUCUUCAACAAAGUCUCAACUCAAGCCCCUUUCAGCCCUCAACUGAAGCCCCAUUGGCUCAGCUGAGAGUUAAUUUCCAUGGCAACUUAGAAUGUCAAUGAAAGUUAGCCUAGUGGUGUUUUAUCUUACAUUUUAGUCUUAAAGUAGACAUUUACAUUUAUGCAUUUAGCAGACGCUUUUAUCCAAAGCGACUUACAGUGCACUUAUUACAGGGACAAUCCCCCCGGAGCAACCUGGAUUAAGUGUCUUACUCAAGGACAAAAUGGUGGUGGCUGUGGGGAUCGAACCAGCAACCUUCUGAUUACCAGUUAUGUGCUUUUGUCCACUACGCCACCACCACUCCAUAUUAGACCUAUCUAUGUGUUUAUGCAACUGACUGAAAAGAAAAAGACCAACAUUUCAGACAACUAACUAGUAAGACGGCCCCUGGAUUCAAUUUUGGGAUCGGAAACCGGGUCUCCCACACUACUAAUGCAACACGCUUCUGGUCGUGCCACAAGGAAAGUUAAACACACAGGAGCCGAUGCAACAAUUUUUUAAUAGAAGAUGCCGCUUCUCAGUGAGUUAGCAUAAUGUGGCUGAUAGGGUAUAACAUGUAAACUUAAAAAAAUAAACCUUUGCUGCAGCACACUCUGACAUAGUCAUCAACAGACAAAUGAAAAUGUCAGUCAGAUAGUUCAAUUGUCAUUUCAGAAAUCCAGUUUGCUGUAUUCUUGCUUGAUUUGAAUGGACGCGGCUUUUCCCACACCCUCAAAAUGGAUCUUACACAUUCAUGUCUGUCAUACACUCCAUCUGAGCUUUCUCUAGUUUACACUGGGAUUUCUAUGGCUGAGGAGGAAUGUGGCUUUGCUCCCCUGGUGUUCCGACUCCAUGGAGGAGCUCCGCAGGUUGUACGUGAGGUUCUCCUGGAACGUGGAUGGGAAGAGUAUGACGAACAGGAGCAUGAGGAUGGAGACUGGAACCUCUACUGGAGAACCUCUGCCUUCCGAAGCUCUGACUAUGAAAACAUCUUGCCUUGGCAGAGACUGAACCAUCAACCCAAAACGAUCCACAUCACGCGAAAGGACUGUUUGGUACGAUACUUGAGGAGAAUGAAAAGUGCUUACGGCACAACGGUGUAUGACUUCAGCCCAGCUGCUUUCAUCUUGCCUAAUGAAUACACAAAGUUUCUUGGGGUGUACACCAAGAAUUUUACAGCUGAUAGAGGGAAGUUUCGGUACUGGAUUUGUAAACCAGUUGAUCUGUCAAGAGGACGAGGUAUUUUUCUCUUUGAUGAUAUUAAAGACUUGGCUUAUGACUCUCCAAUGAUCAUACAGAGAUACAUCAGCAAGCCUCUUCUCAUUUCAGGAUACAAGUUUGAUUUGCGUAUUUACGUCUGCGUAAAGAGCUUCUCACCUCUUGUAAUUUACAUGCACCAGGAAGGCUUGGUGCGUUUCGCGACAGAAAAAUACAACCUGGCCUCUUUAGACAAUCUAUACUCUCAUCUGACGAACACCAGCAUCAAUAAGUUUGGAUUGUGCUACACUACAGAUAAAGAACGAGUUGGCCGUGGAUGCAAGUGGACGAUGAGCAAAUUUCGUUGCUUUCUUCACAACCAAGGCAUCAAUGAACAUCUCUUGUGGCAUAGGAUCACUAAUAUCAUCACGUUAACUCUGCUCACAGCCGUUCCUACUGUUCCUUCCAGCCCCAACUGUCUUGAGCUGUUGGGGUUUGACAUCCUCAUUGACGCCAGUUUCAAGCCAUGGCUUUUAGAAGUCAACUAUAGUCCCGCGCUUUCAGUGGAUUGCCCUGCAGACGUAACAGUCAAAAAAGGGCUGAUCAAUGACAUUAUAGACCUGAUGAACUACAGGAUGAAUGACAGUAUCAGACAGAAGGGAUACUACAGGAAGAGAUAUACAAGAGCAUGUUGUUCAGGUAGCCAUUAUUUACGGCCCAAAAUUGCCCCAGUGUUUUUGUUACCGAAGACUUUGCAUACAACUCAGAUGGGCAGGAGAAGGUGGAGUCAAUCUGUGUUGAACUCUUCAAGUCCUGAAGACACUUGGUUGUGCUCUGAGAAAGUCUGUGCUAGCAACAUUACGUGCCACAAUCACCGCAAUUCAAAAUCCAAUUCCAGUGGAUAUAAAAAGGAGCAUACUCCUAAUAAGCAAAUAGUUUUUGUCUCUCAAAAAUCUGAGGUGGCAUCUGAUGAACUCGCUUCUCGUAACAGCACAAAGCGAUCACCUGUAUGCAAGUUACCUUCUCUGAUCCAUAAACACAAGUUCCCAACCAUCCCAUGGAACCAUAAAACUCAGGACCGAAGCGUUCCCCCUUUUCGUGUCGGCGACUUCAUACUGACAUUUCCAUUUAAUGAGGCAACAUGGAAAGCCUCUCGGGAUGAAGUGGAUGUUAAGACUGUUGUGAAUGAGAUCCAUAAACUCACAAGUCGACUAGCUUCUUCUUUUAGUGAAAAAGAGAAGACGAAGACAGACGAAAGUCAGAUGGGUGGUGCUGUCAGGGACAAAUUUGAUUCUUUGCUUUGGGGUCCAAAAAACCCACCUCUUCUCAGUGAAUGCUGCUCCUCAAGUUCAUAAAUCAAAUAAUGAAUUAAGCAGGCCAAUGUGUUUUAAUAAUUUGUAAUCGAUUACAACACAGAAUGAUAGAUGAGGGGAGAGUAUAAUUUUAACACAUUUGGGUUUUGCUCAUGUAUUCAGAAAAUGUUUAGAUUGAAGCUUUGAAAUGUUGCCUCAAACAGCUUUGACAUCAGAAUCAAUGUCCCUACAGUGUAUGUAGAUGCACCACAGGAGAUUGUGGAUUUUUGUCUUUUUUUCUGAAAGUCAUGAGAAUUCUGUGUCCCCACAGUGUCAUAUCCAGCACAUCUUAAAUUCUGUAUUGUGUUUAAAUUAAUUCUCUAGUGGAAAUGACAGUGAUGGAAGUGACAUUUUUAAUGUUAGUGAAAUAUAUAGCUAACAUUUUAUGUAUCCUAAAUGCAGAAAA